GUUUUGAAUCUGGGCGACCGAAUUUAAUUAAAACUUUCCGGCUGCCACCAAUCUCAGCCUUACCAGCACAACCUUGGCAUAAGCUCAAUGGACAUUUAUGGUCUCCAGGUUAACAUAGAGGUUUAAUUAAUAAAGAACCGGCAGGAUCUGGGGUGAAGUUUGCGUCUGAAACAAUUUCUCCUUUCAUUCCGAUUAUUAUAACCCUCCAGGCUUCCCCUCUCCACCUUGAUCCUGAUUUACACCUUGGCUCCCUCUAUCAGCACGUUGCCGCCAUAUUCUCAUCAAUCUCCCACCACCUUCCUCAAGCUGUAUUCUGCCGCCCAGCUUCUCAAUCAAUCGCGAGUCCUUGCAGCAUCAGGCCAUUGGUAUUACGUGAUCCCCUGAUCUCAGAUCUCACUAUCGGCCUCCCGAUUCACGGAAUCUGUGAAACGAUGCUCGGAACUGGGAUUUUAAGAAGGCCCCUAAGACCACUAAACAGUUUCUUCAUCGGAACCCUAACCACCUCCGGCAUAUGUGGCCUUGCCACUGCUAACCAACUCGACUCUGAAGGGCCAUCAUCGUCUUUCGAGUUCACAGGAAAUGUUCAAAACACGUCUAGCGGAGAAGACAAUAAUAUCUAUAUAAGUGGGCGAAAGAAUUCUUAUUUGCAAUCGGGCUCAACUUCAGUGACGAUGCCUAUGUCGUUCAUGACGGGAUCAAUUGUGGGCAAGAGGUUUUACAAGAAGGUGAUCACACGCGAGGCCGAUGAUGGUAUUGGUUGGACGGUUUUGCUUGACUAUCGUACCCUCAAAACCCCCGCCAAACGCCCUCUCAAGUGCCCCACUCUUGCUCUGGCCAAAGCUAUUGCUGCUGAAUGGGAAUACCAGGAAGCAGAUGGAAUCAGACCUUUUACAAUGCCACUGAUGAGACUUGCUUGUACUGCAUUCGAAAGAGUCCCACUAACCAGAUCCACGAUUAUUGAAAACCUGAUGAAAAAAUUUAAUCAAGAUUUAGUGUUCUGUCGUGCACCUGGGGAUGAUGAUUUCACAGCUUCUAUUCAUGAGCAUCAAGUAGAGAAAUUUGACCCUCUUCUUAGGUGGUUGGAGGCGGUGUUCGGCUUCAAACCAGUCAUAUAUUCAUGUAUUUUUGGUGGAAAGCAGAGGGAUGGUCUUGUUAAUGCCAUUGCAGACUCUCUAAGAAAAAUGAAUGAUUGUGAAUUGGCCGCCAUUGAUGCAAUUGCUGCAUCUGCACACUCUCUUGUCAUUGCCAUUGCUAUGUUUCAUAGUAGAUUGGGAAUCAAGGAGGCCAUUGAACUGAUAAGGCUUGAGGAAGAUUUGCAGAUUGACAGAUGGGGACUGGUUGAAGGCGGGCACGAUGUUGAUAUCGCUGAUCUGCAAGUGCAGGUUGCUUCUGCUGCUGUAUUUCUUGGCCUCACGAGGAGCUUUUAGAUUUAUCUUCAAGUUUUGUCGUCUCACUAUAAAUCUAUAAUGGUUUGAUUGGAGCUUUUGAUUCUUGAAGAUAUAAUAAUAGUAAGCAACCACGUUUUGUUUUUACCAUAUUUUACUGCCUGCUUAGCUCUAUACUUCUAGCCUUUUGAUCUUGGUUGCAUUUUUAGAUCUGAAAAACCAUUUGGGAACUUGCUGAUAGCAAGAUGGAAUUUUUAUGCUAUUGUUUCC